GGAGAAGCCGGGUUGCUGGGGUUUAGAUCCAGUUUCUUGGAGGACGUAGGGACCCGUUUGCCUGCAUUUUGGGAGGUGACAGUGGAGUCACUUCCCACUGGGGUUCAAGCUAACUGGUAUGAGGGGUUGGCUAGAAGAGCGAGGUGCGGGUGAGCAGCAGGCCUGACAGGAAAAAGCUUAUUUUCUCCAAGUUUUAUUGAGGUGACGUUAGUAUUGCACAGAACUAGGAGCCCACUAUACACAACUAGUUUGCAGGUCGCCAGAAGCUGCCUAAUGGUAUGUUGCCUGGAACAGAUUGAAGGCUCCUGGAAAUUGUGCGGCCUGAGGAUCCGGUUCGUCCAAAGCGCCAUAGGACGAGUUCGUGUUUGCACUGCGCCGACCUUCCCGAAUUUCUCCCCUUUGGAGCCGCUGACAGCCAUUUUGCAUCGUGUGCCUCGGAUCCUUGCACUCCGAAUUUGCGCUGCCCAGGGACUGCGCUCAAAGUUGAAAUUGCACAAAGCAUAGCUCAAGUUUGCACCGGACGGAGUGAACUGAGGCCGUCCUGCUGGCUCGGGAGGGGGGACGGUGAUGGAUCCCUGAAGUGGAAGAGGGUGUGGAGCGGGCACCGCCCAUGCUGCCCUGCUUCCAGCUGCUGCGCAUCGGGGACGGCGGGGACAGUGACCUCUACACUUUCCACCCUCCAAGCGGGACUGGCUGCACCUAUCGUUUGGGCCGCAGGGCCGACCUGUGUGAUGUGGCCCUGCGGCCCCAACAGGAGCCUGGCGUCAUCUCCGGAGUCCAUGCGGAGUUGCACGCUGAGCGCCAGGGUGAUGACUGGAGGGUCAGCCUGGAGGACCAUAGCAGCCAAGGGACUUUGGUCAACAAUGUCCGACUCCCAAGGGGUCACAGGCUGGAGUUGAGCGAUGGUGACCUUCUGACCUUUGGACCUGAAGGGCCCCCAGGAACCAGCCCCUCGGAGUUCUACUUCAUGUUUCAGCAAGUCCGAGUCAAACCUCAAGAUUUUGCUGCCAUUACCAUCCCACGAUCUAGGGUAGAAGAGGGAACCGGGGUUGGUUUUCUGCCCAUGCUGCCUCCCCAGGGGGCUCCUCAGCGCCCCCUCAACACCCUGUCCCCUGCACCAAAAGCCACACUGAUCCUCAACUCCAUCGGCAGCCUCAGCAAGCUCCAGCCCCAGCCCCUUACCUUCUCCAGGAGUAGGGGUGAGCCACAGAGCCUUCCUCCUCGCAUUCCCCACGGGGAAGGGGGGACUACCCCUUCUGCCCCAACCCCCAGAAAUCGGAGGAAAUCAGCUCACCGAGUGUUGGCAGAAUUGGAUGAUGAGAGAGAGGCUCCUGAGAGCCUCCGAGUCCUUAGAGAGCCCAGGAAGAAACUCUGUGUAGAGAAGACCCCACUGACACCCAGUGGCAACCGACUUGGGCAUCCUCCCAAGCACCCAGUGAGCACCCACAUGACUCCCCCUGUAGUUGGGGGCGGAGAGCCCUGUGGCCCUUGUUGCUGCCUGCCCCAAGAAGAGACAGUGGCCUGGGUUCAGUGUGAUGGAUGUGACCUCUGGUUCCAUGUGGCCUGUGUUGGCUGCAGCAUCCAGGCUGCCAGGGAGGCUGACUUCCGGUGCCCAGGGUGUCACAUGGGCGUCCAGACCUAACGCCCACCACCAAGGGGCCAGAGGAUAGAGCUGGUACCUCCUGGCCAUGGGUGGACACAGUAGAACACCAGUGGGUCCUAAGAAAUGCCUCUUCUUCCCUU